AUGCCUGGCCGGGGCCACAAGCGUUGGCGCACGGCGGAACACCUGAACAGCCGGCAUCCGGCAUACAAACCGCGAGCGACUCUUCACCAGACUGCCCAAUGCCCACUAAACAGGCUCGACGUCACCGAUGCGUCCCUCCGCCCCCCCCCUCCAGCUUGCGUGGUUUCGUCUGGAACCGCGCCCCUGAGACGUCUAAAAAUGGCCCUGGUCGCCGCAAGGGUCACCUGCGAGGCGGGACUCAAUUGGACAACGGGCGGCCCUCGUGCUGUGUGGGCGAUUGAGAGAUGGAUGAGACUCAAGACAGAUGCUGUCGUCCGUUCUUGUCCUGCAACACAUCCGGCCACACCAUGGUUUUCCGUCAUCCUUAACUCUCUUUCCUCCUCACCUCUUUCUAUCCGCGUCCUUACUCUGUUCCUCACCGACGCACACCGAGCCUGA